AUGGAACCAGAACAAUUAAUAAAUGAAAAUAAGGAUAAAUGGAAAAAUGAAUUAAAAGAAGAAUUUAAUGCACAACUAAAAAACGUUUUGGAGGAAAAGAUAAAUGAUUUGUUGACUAAAAAUCAAAAUGAAUUACAAGAGAUAGAUAAAAUAAGACAACUUUUAAAAAAAGAAAUGCACGAAUUAAUAAAAAGCAAAUCAAAAGAAGAAGAUAUUGAUAAGCUACAUGAUAGAGAAACACAUUUGAGGGAAAACAUAGAAAAAACAUUGAUAAGCAGAAUAGAUGAGGAAAUAACCAAAGAAAAUCAACACAUAAUUAAAGAAAAUAAGGAAGAAUGGAAAAAUAGAUUGAAUAAAGAAUUUAAUGAAACAUUAAAUGUAGAAUUAAAGAAACAUAUUGAUGAUUUAUCUGAUAAAAGAAGAAAAGAAUUGAAGAAAAUAGAAGAAAUAGAAGAAAAAUUAAAAAUAGAAAUGCCUAGAAUUAUCAAUGAAAAAAUAAAGGCAUCAUACGAGGAUAUAUGGAGAAAUAAAGACGAAAGUGAAGAAAUAAUAAAUACUAAAAUGGAACAUUUUAAAAAUGAAUUAAACAGUAAAUUCAAAAGUCAAAUAGAAGAUGAUAUGAAAAAAUUAAUACUACAAGAAUUAAGCACUAAUAAAGAGGUAAUAAUGGAAGGAAAUAAUGACAAAUGGGAAACAAAAUUGGACACUGAUUUUAAAAAGAAGAUAGAUGAAGACAUGAGAAAAAGAAUAGAUAAUUUAAAGAAAAAGAAAGUAGAUGAAUUAAAAACAAUAAAAGGAAUAAGAGAUAUAUUAGAUAAACAAAUUAAAGAUGUAAUGGAUAAACGAUUAAAUGUAAAUUAUGAAAAAGUAUUGAAAGAUUAUGAAGAAAAUGAAAAUAGAUUAAAAUCAAAUGUGCAGAAAUUAAAUGAUUUAAUAAAUUCAAGUUUAAAAAAAGAUAUGGAAAAAGAUUUAGAAACAAUAAUAAUAGAACAACUAAACAUUAAACAAUCUGGUAUUGUUAAAGAAAUUAAAGAAGAAUGGAAUCAGAAAUUGAAAACAGAAUUUAAUCAAAAAUUACAUGACUUAUUAAAGAAACAUAUGGACGAAUUAUCAUUACUCAAAGAAAAAGAGCUGAAAAGAAUAAAAGAAAUAAAAAAACAAUUAAAUGAACCUAUACAAAAGAUGAUUGAGGAUGAAUUGAUAAGUAGAAAUGAUGAUAUGUUAAAAGAUAGAGAAGGAUUGGAGAAUAAAUUAGAAAGCGAUUUAACAAGGAAAAUGAAUGAAUUAAUGAACGCAAAUAAUGAUAUAAUAGAAGCAAAUAAGGAAGUAUGGGAAGAAAAAUUGAAAAAAGAAUUUAAAGAAAAUUUAAAAUCUAGAAUAAAUAAAAAAGUAAAGGAAACAGAAAAAAUUAGUGAAAUAAAAGAAAAAUUAAAUAAAGAAAUUCCAAAAAUGAUAAAGAGUAAAUUGGAAAAGGAAACUUAUGAAACAUUAAAAAAUAAUGAAUUUUCAUUGAAGAUAAAAUUAGAAUCAGAUUUGGUAACAAAUAUUGGUAAAUUAGUAAAUGAAAAGGAUAAUAUAAUAAAUGAAAAUAUUAAUAUAUGGAAAAACAAAUUAGAGGUAGAAUUUAAACCAAUAUUAAAUAAUAAAUUCCAUGAAAAAGCAAAUGAAUUGCAAAGAAUUAAAGAAAUAAGAGAACUAUUAGACCUAAAUAUUCCUAAAAUGGUCGAAACAACAUUAAAUGAGAAGAGUGCAGAUAUGCUAAAAGAUGGACAGUUGAAGAAGAAUUUAGAAAAAGAUUUGAUAAAUAAUAUUCAUUCUUUAGUAGAAGAAAAAAAUAAAAUAAUACAUGAAAAUAAAGGAGAAUGGAAAGAAAAAUUGGGAAGAGAAUUUAAACAAAAAUUAAAUGAAAGGUACAAUAGAAAACAAAACGAAAUCAAAAGAAUAGAAGAAAUACAGGAGGAAUUAAAAAAAACAAUUCCAGAAAUGAUAGAGAAUGAAUUGAAAAAUGAAAAUUAUGUAACAUUAAAAGAUAAGGAAAGUAGACUGAAAAAUAAAUUAGAAACAGAUUUGAUAACAAAAUUAGAUAAUUUAUUAGGACAAAAGGAUACCAUCAUACAGGAAAACAAAAGUGCAUGGAAACAAAAAUUAGAAAAAGAAUUUAAGUUAAUAUUAAAUAAUAGGUUCACUGAAAAAGAAAAGGAAUUACAAAAGAUAAAAGAAAUAACUGAAGAAUUAAAUGAAUUAAUCCCCCAAAUGAUUGAGACAGGAUUAAAAGGAAAAGAUGCAGAUAUGCAAAAAGAUACAAACUUGAAGUAUACAAUGGAAGAUGAUUUGAUAAAUAAAAUAGAUACAUUAAUAGGAGAGAGCCAUAAAAUACUAAGGGAAAAUAAGGGAAGAUGGCAAGAACAAUUGAAGUCAGAAUUUAAACCUAAAUUACAUAGCGAGUUUGACAAAAAAGAAAAGGAAUUACAAAGAAUAAAAGAAAUAAAACAAAAAUUAGAUGACAAUGUCCACACCAUAAUUGAAGAAGAAUUAAAGGAAAAAGACGAAGAGACAUUAAAAAUUAAGGAGCAGGCACUUAAAUAUAAUAUUGAAACUAUAUUGAAAAAAUCUAUAGAUGACCUAACAAAUGAAAAUGAUAAUAUUAUCGAUAGAAAUAAGAACACAUGGAAAACUAAACUGGAAGAAGAAUAUAUUGAUAUAUUAGGAGAGAAAUUUAGAGAAAGAUUAAGUCAAAUAUUGACAAAACUAAAGGAAGAGAGAGAAAAAGAAGAAGCAAUUCAAAGGCAAAAGGCUGAGGAAGAAAGAUUGAAAGAAGAAGCAAUUAAAAGGCAAAAAGCUGAGGAAGAAAGAUUGAAAGAAGAAGCAAUUAAAAGGCAAAAAGCAGAGAAAGAAAGGAUACAAAGAGAAAAAGAAGAGAAAGAAAGGAUACAAAGGGAAGAGGAAUCAAAAAGACAAAAAGCAGAGGAGGCAAGAAAACAACAAUUAUUAAAAUUGGAACAAGAAGAAGCAUUGCGAAAACAAAGAGAAUUGGAAAGAAAAAAAGUUGAUUUAGCAAGAACAGAACAACAAAUAAAAAAUAUACUAGAAUCUAAUAUGGUGAAAAUAAUAAAACAAGAACUAACAAAAGAAAAAGAUGAAAUAAUAAAAAACAGAGAUAUAAAUCUCAGACCUAGUUUGGAAGAAAAAUGGUUAAAUCAUAUACAAAAUAGCUUGUUGUUAAAAGUUGAUAACUUAUUAAAUAAAAGUGAUGAGUUCAUAAGAGCUCAUGAAACACAAAUGAAAACAAAUAUAUUAAAAUCAUUGAAAAAUAAAUUAAAUAUUGAAUUGGAAAAGGAACUUAAUGCAAUUAUAAAUGAAUACGAAGAAAGCCAGAAAAAAAUAAUGCAAUCAAAUCAACGUGAUAACCGUGGUAUAGAGCAAACAACUGAAAAACUCGUCGAUAUUAAACCUACAAAUCAUGGUGAACUAAAUACAAAUAAUCCUUCUGAUAGUGAAACUGAAAUGAUGACAAAUUCUGGAGAAACAGGAGAGAAAGAAGAAGAAGAAGAAAGAGAAGAAGAAAAAGAACCAGAAAAAGAGUCAGAAACAGAUGAUACUCAUAGUUCGGAAAGUACUACUGAUGAUGAUACCGAUGAUCAAAGAUUUUCUCGAUCAAAAAAUUUGAAUGUCGUUAUAUACACAGCAGGAAGUAUAGCUGUAUGUAUGUUAAUAUUCUCUAGUGUAGGAUUAUUAGUUAUGAAGAAUAAUAAUGAUGAUAACAAUUCAAAUGUAAUGGAUGAAGCAUUUGAACAUAAUGAUGAUAUACUCUUUAAGGAGAAGGAAGAAAUCAUUGAAAUCACAUUUACUGAUAAUGAUAGUACAAUAUAA